AUGAAUGAAAAUACGGAAAUAAGAAAGCUACCAGCUGCAGCCAUUUAUAAACUCGGACAAAUUCUAGAUACUGAAAAUGCUUGGCAAAAAGUAAUGGCUAUGAUUCCAUCAGAUCCAAACGAUUUUAACUCUGUUGCUAAAUAUACACCUCAACACAUAAAAUUAAUUCAAACAGCUGGAGAAAAACAAAAUAAAUCAUGUACAGAAAUUUUAUUCGAUGAAUGGGGAACAAGUGGUGAAGUUAGACCAAAUUUAAAUACUCUAUUACAAAUUUUAAUCAAGGCACAAUUUUACAGAGCGGCAGAAUUUGUAGCUGUUGAACUAUUGAAAGGUGAACCUCCGGAAAGGCCUCUCGUAGGACCUGCUGCUCCUGUCAAAUUACCUUCUCUAACUCAAGACUUAGACUCGAAUUUCCAGUCAGGUGAUGUAAUACACAUACCUUAUUCAACUCUGGAACAAGUAACGAAUAAUUUUAACGAAACUCCAUUGAAAAAAUGUAUUCAUGGAGAUGGAGUUGUACAUUUUACGGGUCACAAAUUAGGAAGUGGAGCUUUUGGAACUGUUUAUUUUGGAGAACUGGAAAAUGGUAAACAAGUUGCUGUGAAAAAAUUACACAUGACAAAUAUCAAUUUGAAAAAUCAAUUCGAAAAUGAAAUAAAAGUUUUGUCGGAGUACAGACACGUGAAUUUGGUACCCCUGAUUGGAUUUUCAUGCGAUACGGAUGAUAAUUGUCUUAUUUACGAAUUUAUGUCGAACGGUUCUCUCCUGGAUAAAUUACAAAUAAAAAUAGGAUCCCCGAGUGUUUGUAAUAGUUUGGAUGCUAAUAAAGUACUCAACGGUAUGGUUUCAAAUUGCGGAAGUCCUUCCGCCAUAUUGACGGACAAACCUCUCGGUUGGAUGAAAAGAAUCGAAAUUGCAUUAGAUGUAUGCGAAGGAAUUAAUUUUUUACACAAUUCUAAAAAAUUCCCUCUCAUACAUCGAGAUAUCAAGUCGGCAAAUAUUUUGCUGGAUCAUCGCUUAACCGGAAAACUGGGAGAUUUCGGACUCGUUAAAAUCAAACCGAAUUUAACAGAAUCGAAAAUGUUGACGAGCACGGUUUUCGGUACUUCUGCAUACAUGGCACCGGAAGCUUUCCGGGGUGACGUUUCCGUCAAAAUGGACGUUUUCAGUUACGGCGUCGUUCUUUUAGAACUUUUAACGGGUUUACCACCCUACGAUGAAAAUCGAGAAGGCUGUGAUUUAGUGACUUACGUCGAAGAUGCUGUCGACGAUUCCAUCGAAUUCCUUUUGGAUAAAAAAGCUGGAUUUUGGAAUUCCGAAAUCGCGCAGAAAAUAUUUACACUAUCUCAAUCAUGUUUGGAAGAAAAAAAAACGAGACCUUUGAUUAAAAACGUUUUGGAAACUUUAAAAUUUAUUUAUAACGACUCUUUCGAAUCCGAAGAUUCUUCCACGGCUUGA